AUGAAUGAGGGUCGGGGACUGACCCUGCGCAAGAAGCGCAAAGACCGCCCCAAAAUCAGUGGUCCGCAGCCUACAGCCCCGAGCAACGGCGUCCGACCUAGCGGACCUGCACCUCAGCAGCCUCAGACCGGAAACACUUUCAGUGUGCCCAAGGAACGUAAUGCCGAAACCUCUGACCUAGUGAAGCGCCGAUAUUCAACCCGUUAUAAUCAGCUCCCCAACUUUGGAUCCAGUGAUACACCCGCAGUGCCGGCGCUGCCCGCUGCCCUCAAACGUCGGUCUGGGGGAGGCUCACCCAAGCGCCCUUCAACACGCGACGGAGCCACUCCCCUCAAAGUCGACGAGGAUCUACUCUCGGAUCCGAACCUACAGGCGGACCGCUAUGUCGCCAGCCUCCUUUCAAAUGCCUCGGAAACAGAUAUUACAGAUUACCAGAACAAGCUCCGACGCAUCAAGAACCGCAACUCGACGAAUCUACAACAAAGUGUAUACCAAAACCGAACACAGUUCAUUAAGAUCAGUAAAGAAGCCGAAAAGCUCAAGAGCGAGAUGCAGGUCCUACGAGGACUUAUGUCCGAUCUAACAGGAGCAUUAAGCCAGACCACUAGUUCUACCAACGCGUCAUUGUCUCCCGAUCUGUCGGCAGCUUCAAGGCGCAGAGCCAACCGCUCAUCCGUUGCCAAUCUUGAGAACAUGUGGAAUAUUCAACUCCAGGCGCUGUGGAAGAAUGUCGAGAAAUCUCAGAAAUUCCUUCCCGCUAUCCCCGGAAGACAUGUCAUCAUGGAGAAUGGUGCUUGGGUGGAGCUCGACAGCGCUACCUGGAAGCCCAAACGACCAGUGCGGAUCGUAUUACUCAAUGACCACCUCUUGAUCGCGUCUAAGAAACGCAAGCGAGUCGAUCCCAAUGUUCCAAGCCAAGGACCGGCGCCAACGAAACUUGUGGCAGAGGAAUGUUGGCCUUUGCAGGACAUUGACAUGGUUGACAUGUCAACUUCCGCGGUUGCAAACUCGUCCGAGGAGCGGGCCAUUGCCACGGCUGUGACUGUUCGAGCCGGGAACCGCAACUUGACGUAUCGAUCCGAGAAGAGAGACGUGACUGCCAAGGCUGAACUACUUCAGACGUUUCGUAAGGCCGUGGAAGACUUGCGAAAAGCUAACAUAGUCGAGCCGAGCAAGGGCAGUCCUUCCAAUGACAGUCUGAACUACUUUGCCUCGCGUGAUGGCGACUUGACUCGCAGCCGCAGCGUUCUAUCGUCGCUGGGCGCUUCAAGAGGCGAGAAGCCCGAUGUCCUCAUUGAAGUCGAUGGCAAGCAGCAAAAUUUUCGCUGGAUUGAAUCUCAGAUCGACGAGCUCGACAUCGACAUUGCACUACAGCGCUUUGAAGAAGCCGUCGAUAAGGUCGAGAAGCUGCGUACCAUGACCAAGUCCCUCAAAUCCAACACUAUCGCGCAGGAAUUGAUCCAAGCUAAAGUGGACGAGCGAGCGACAAAGUUAUCCAAUGUUCUUUGCCGAGACUUGAUCGACAAGCCGUCGUCCAUGGUAGCUACGAAGCGUAUCACCACCUUCAUGGCUAGACUUGGCGCCGAAGACCGGGCACGAGAUGCCUACCUGGUAUCGAGGAGCGAGGCAUUACAGAAGCGAUCACGGCAGUGUAUAUUCGAGGGCGAUCUUCACCGCUAUGUAUUCUCGCUGGCAUUUGUCUACUUUACCAUGAUCAAGAACACGGUACUGAUCUACCAAGCGAGUUUCAAUGCGUCAACCAUGAGCGCUGUCAUCAAGUGGGCCAACGAGCAUCUUGAAAGCUUCAACGCUAUUCUGCAGCGCCAGAUGAGCAGUGUUGACAAGAAGGGCAAAGUCUGGCGGGAGUGCAUGGAUGUGGUAUGGGAACAUGAGACUUCCCAGCUCGGAGAGAACGGGCUUGAUUUCCGUGAAAUCAUUGGCCGUGGUCUGGAGGUACGAGAUGUUGCGGUGCCCAGGGGCGCGAGCGCCCCCGGCCCAAGGACACGAUCAGGCAGCGAACGUAGCGAGCAGAGCGCUAGGUCAAAGUCCCGCCAACGAGGAUGA